CGUCGGAUUCGCCACCCCACUGUUUGCAAACCCAUAGAGCACAGCUCAAAAGCUGCUGUUCGAAUACCAGUGAAAGGAAAACUCUGGAUUGUCUUCGCUUGCUAUACUGUGAUUUCUGCAGGGCGCCGUCACGGCAGGAUAUCUGUCCAGAGAAGGGCAUUGCGUACUGGGUUAGGAGCUAGGUGUGGACCCCACUCCCAGACCCUCCAGAUUCCUAUAUUUGAGCGUAAGGUGUUGAUCCGAUGCCUGGUGACUCAAUCCUGAUGUGAAAGCCGACUGCUGAACUGCCAAGCAAUGUAGCGACGGACAAGUACGAACACAGCCUUUCAGACGCGUCACUAACGUCUGCUGCCAGUCUGCCAAAGUGCCUACUUUUAAAAAAAACAAGUCCUUGACUGACCAACUCGAUCAUAACAGCAGGGCGGGUGCAGUGUGAAAACCAGUGUUACAUGUUGGUGUUGUGUUCAUCAGUUGCUUUAACCUACAGGACAUCCAAUGGUAUUGAUUCAAAGCAACUUCGGGUUAUUGUGCCAUGGCCUCUAAGUCACAUCCUCCUCUAAUGAAGAAACACAGUCAGUCAGAUCUGGUGAGCCGGCUGAAGACCAGGAAGAUACUGGGGGUCGGAGGAGAAGACGACGAUGGAGAGGUGCAUAGGUCAAAGCUCAGUCAGAUGCUGGGGAAUGACAUCAAGUAUCAGGUGCGAGAGCCUGUUGGUCUAAGGCUCUGGAUUGCCGUCUCUGCGUUUGCCUUCACAGUUAUGGCCUUGAUGGCCCUGGUGUGUCCCAACCAGCUCUAUGAGGUGGUGUUUGAAGAAGAGAUCAGCAACACCAGCAUCUCCAUCAGGCUCUAUGGAGGAGCACUACUCAGUCUAUCCCUCAUCUUGUGGAAUGGUGUGUAUACACAGGAGAAGGUCAUCAUUCAAUGGACUCUGCUCAGUGAGGCAUGCUACUUUGCUGUCCAGUUUUUAGUUACGUCUGUCACCCUGGUGGAGAUGGGUUUGUUGCCCAACGCUGCCGUCCUCCUCCUCCUCAGCCGGGUGCUCUUCCUCCUGGUCACUCUCUUCUAUUACUACCACCUGGGGAGAGGACGAGCCAAGAAGAUCUGAGAUGGAGGGAGUGGAGGAGAGAGGACGAGCCAAGAUGAUCUGAGAUGGAGGGAGUGGAGGAGAGAGGACGAGCCAAGAUGAUCUGAGAGCAGCUGAGUUAGGUUGUCUGGGAGGGGUGGGUGGGUGCUUUCAGAUAUUUAAGCGGGGGUUUAUUGAAUGAAGCGAAAUGUUCACAAUGUCGCAGCUAGUAAUGUAAUGUGUAGAGCUGACAUUAUUCACAGUUCUACAUGACAAACCAGCAUGGCAGAUCUAUACAUGUAUAACGUUCUACCUUUCUGGUCAGGGAUGUGGGGGCGGGGCUUAUCAGGGAGGUGAUGUGGGGGCGGGGCUUAU